UCGGGGGCGGGGCCGGGGCUCGGGCCGGGGUGACAGCGCAGCCACCGCCCCGCGCGGCGCCGCCGCCGCCCCACCCGCAUGGAGGGCGGCGGGGAGGCGCUGCCCGCCGACCUGCGGGAGCUGGCCAGCAAGGUGGGACGGCGGCCGCCCGCCGGGCUCCUGCGGGGGCUGCGGGCCGAGACCGCCCCCGUACCGCCGGCGCCGCCGGCACCGCUGGCGCCACCGGCCCGCGGCGCCUGCCCGCCGCUCGCCGACAGCCUCCGGGCGCUCCGCGUCGAGCUGGCUUAUCUGCGAGCGGUCGAUGUGAAGAUCCUGCAGCAGCUGGUGGUGGUGAACGAGGGCAUCGAGGCGGUGAAGUGGCUGCUGGAGGAGAGGAGCACGUUGACCAGCCGCUGCAGCAGCCUGGCCAGCAGCCAGUACAGCCUGGUGGAGAGCCAGGCGGCCUCGCGGCGGGGCAGCUGGGACAGCCUGCAGGACCCCAACGACAGGCUGGACAGCAUCUCCGUCGGGAGCUACCUGGACACGUUGGCUGAUGACAUGGAUGAGUAUUCCCAAAACGCCACUGAAACCGCCGCUGCACCCGUGCCAGGCAGAGCCCUGGUCAGGGCGGAGCAGGAUUGGGUCAGGAUUGAUCCCGAGAGGGGUCUUGCAAAGCAAGAGAAGGGCAGAGCGGAGCACGAGUGGCCCCAUGUGGACCUCUCCCCACCUGGGCUGCCUCAGGAUCAUCGGUUUGCUAAGGAGCCCCAGGUGGCCAACGGUUAUUUGGGCCAGCAGCUGCCUUCUCUGGAACCAGGCAGAGACACCACAUUGCCAUCAGGGGCUGGGGAGAGGCUGGGGAAGGGGAACAUGGGUGGGAAGGCUCGGAAAGCUGAGUCUGACUUGGAGAACUGCAAACUCAACAGCAAACUGCACCUGGAGUACGAUGCCCACUGGCGCUGGCUCCAGUCUCAGGAUGAUGUGACAUUCUUGUAGCCCAUGGCUUUGCCUUCCCAGUCCAGCUCUCCUGCCUGUCCUCUCCGCUUCACUUGUCUCUGCUUGGGAGAGUUGGGGUGGCUGGGGAGGGGGGACGGGCUGGCUUGAUGGUGUCACCUCCCUCAGUGUUUGGUGAUGCAGCCCUAAGGAACAGGGUGCUCUCCCCGUGGUGAAUUUCUGGGAGAGGCAGGAUGAGGUGGGUCCCCAUAAAUUUAAUCCUUUGCUCUGGGGUGGUGCUUUCAGGUGGCUGGUCACCCUGCUGUUGUCCUCAAUGCUGGUGGUGGGGAAGGGCUGGUGUGGAAACCUGGGACAGUGGGACUCCUGGGACCUCUCCCUGGUUCCAACUCUGCUCUCUAAUCUUCAGCUUCCCAUUUGCAAAAACUGGGGACCUUUCCCCAAAUCGUCUGCCCAGGGAAGUCAGGAGAUCCUCCCAUGCAUCCACAGCUGGGUGGCACCAGUGUGCUCGGUGCAAGGUGUGGGGCAGGACCAUCAGCAGGGCAACCCUGUUGGAUGUGCUCAUUUCCAUCACCUUCUUCAAGGCCAGUGUCCAUCCAGGGCAGAACUGACCUGGGGCACCUGGGGUUUGGCCUCAGCACAUGGUGGAUGCCAAAACGCCAUCUCUAGUGGGUGAAGCCCCACCUGGUUUAGAUGCCUCUGUGAAGCUGAGCUGAAGCAUGAUCAGGAUGGUCACUUUAGCUGCUCCUGUUGGGCUGAGGAGCCUUUGUCCGUGCCCUGCAGAGGAAGGAUGGCGGUGCAGAAUUCCCUUCCCCAUGUGAUUAGGAGAAGGGCAAAACACCGUGUGGGAGAUGGAGAUCCAGCUCUCCCAGUUUAUUUCUGGACUAUGUCCCACUUCGGGACCAGGUCCUGCAGAACCACAGGACGUGGCAGCGUACAGGCAGCCUGGCAGAGCCUGUGGGGCUCAGGCUCGGAAAGGCUUGUGCUUUCCCCUGAUGCAGCAGGAUGGGGGUGAUGGCCGGGAUUCCCCAUUUGUGUCAUGAAUGGUGCCAGGUCUCUGCCCCCUACCAGCAACACGAGGCUCCUCUGCCGGGGUGGAUUUGCAGCAGCCUUGCCCUGUAGACGUCUUCUCUGUCCUUUUAGCCUUGGCUUCUGCCUGUGCCUUUUGCUGUCCCCCACCAUGCACACCCGUUGCCCCUUGCUGGCUUCAGAGCAUGGCUUGCAGCUGGAGCCAUGUGCGAGCUGCAGCAGGACCUGCUGCCUUCACCAGGUGUUGCAGGGAAGGACCUGGGUGUCCUGUGUAUAUCUUUAUGUGUAUGUCCAACCCCCUGCUUCAAGGAGAGGGGCUCUUCCACACAUUUGGACAAGCCCGGAGUGUUCUGGCUUCACAAUGUGUGGGUGCAUUUGUCUCUGGCUGAGUGCUGUGGUGGCUUUUCUCUCACCAUGGUGCCAUUGUUCCCCUGCCUGCAUGGGUUGCAGCCUGGCUUAUUUCUUUGUUGGGGCGGUGGGAGUGGGGACAGCAUCUCGUGAUAUCGAUGGGAAGCCAAGCAAGAGGGAAGACCUGGCUCUAACUCUUUCUAGAUGUGAGAUUUGAGCUGGCUGUGGUUAGGAAGGUGAUCGGAUGCACGAGAGGUUCAGGUUUGUACCUCUGAACCAGCACCUUCAGUGGAAACUACCCUCCAUGCUGAGACCCCUGAGCACCCUUCCUUCCCCUGCAGAUCCUCAGGGCUUCCCUGGAUGGACAUGGAGAGCAGGACAAUGUCCAAAAUUCCCCAAGAUGGCACCUGUCAAGGACUUGGGGGAAUCCCAGGAAAACGGGACCGGCCUGCCCUAUGUGAGCAUCCCAUCUGCCUGCUGCAGAGCAGACGUGCUUGGCUUGCUGUUGCCUGUGGGCAGCUAAUGGCUUCCUGCUUAGCUCCAGUGCUGCUGAGCCACCAUGUCUCCUGAGGGUGGCUGUCCCCUGCUUUCCUUCUAGCCCUGCAUGUGAUGCAUCAGCUGAGGAUCCCGGGGGGAGACGGGAUAAGUCCUCCAACUCUGUUAAAAUCAUUCUUGACAAAAAAUAGCUGGCUUAAUAAAUGGUAGCAUUUCUCCCAG